UACAAUAAAAUACGGAUGUCAAAGUUUCGUGAAAAGGAACGUGUCGUAAGCACGUACUUAUUGAAUUGGAUUUUUUGAGAAAUAUUUGAUGACUUGUGUAAAUUGAAUGUUGAAUUGAUUUGUAUUUAUAAUAAAGUAGGAGCGAAAAUUUUUAAUAGUGUUGUUGUUAGGUGCAUUUGCGGUGGUUGUGCUCAUGUUGCCACCGGUAAAUAAGGACAACAUAAGUGACUCGUAAUUUUUGAUACAAAAACGUCAUAAAAUUCUUCAAGAUGAUCCAGGACGAUGAAUAUGAGUUUUUAGUGUCGACUCCAGAGCGAAUAGAAGCUCUGGGGUUCAAACCACAAAAGGAAAUUUUGGCAAAUCACAUCUUGCCAUAUGCUGGUGAACUGGAUGAAGAAUCCACCCGGUUAGAGCAGGUGAAAACAAAUCUGGCAAAAGCGGUGAUGCUUCGUGAGAUGAAACCGGCCUGCGGGGUAUGGUCUUCCAGACUCAUGAAAUAUAUGCGGAUCUACGGAUUGAAGUUUGGCAAGGAGGAUCACAUUGCUCUAAUAAAACUAGCUUACGAACUAGUCAUCAUUCCAGAUCUCGAGCCAUGCAAGAUUCACAAGUUCGCCACAAUGUUUGUUAUGCUCACAAAGAAAAGACAAUUAAUUUCACCCGAAGAACUGACUCUCCCGUGGCGCCCUCUUUACGAUAUGGGGAAGAAAUUGUUCAGCACCAGUUCCUUACACAUCGGAAUGUAUCAUUACUUGAAGCCAAAACGUUCUGGCAAACAAGGAGGCGAUAUGCUCGAUAUGAUACGCAAAUUCCUGUCGGGCCACGGGCUAGACGACGCUUUACAAUUAUUCGGCCUCGCGGGGAAACACGAAAGCGAACUGCCAACUUCGCUGGAAGGAUCCUAUCUAUCGAUGGUGAAGUGCGCAAGACCAUAUUUCGAAGUUGAAGCGACGAAGGAGAUUCUAGCGGAGUUGCUGCCACAGAUCAAUCCGUGGUCGACGGACACGUUCCCGAUCAGCCAGCUGGUGAUGUUCCUGCCGGUGGCUUUGCAUCCGAAGCACGCGGCGCAGGGCCACCAGCUGUGGUUCGACGAACUGAUGACUCUAUGGGACACGUGCUACAACUCGCAGUGUGGUGUGUGGGAUUUCAUGGUUCUUUUCGCUGGUUUAGCGAAGAGAAACCCAGGUGCUAUCGACUGGAGUCCACACGUGGGCAAAAUGUUCACGCGUUUCCUGCACGCGUUGAAUCUACCAGUGGCAUACAAAGAUUUGCAAAUAUGUCAACUUCAUUCUUUAGACACAAAACACAUGGCAUCAUGGAUUGUUUGGAGUAUAUGCCCGGACGGCCAGGUGUUGAAGCAUUUGCGAAGCUUCCUCGGCGGUGUAGAGAGCUACCUGCACAGCGCUAACGCCGGCCGCUGGUCUUACAAAUUGCGUGAUCUGCUUAGAAAACUUGCAAGGGAGUUUUUGAACAGGGUUCGACGAGAGCGUGAAAAGAGGUUCAGAGAUAGCUGGGAGAAUCAGACACCAGAUGCAUACAAGCUGACAGAGAAAGACAUCUCGGAAUUCGUUAAUAUCGUCCUUGAGCCGACGCUGCAAGCUGUGUACAGUCGAAGUGGUUCCCUGGAUAUUUCGAUCGCUCUUCAGAACUUGGCCACAUUGCGACCAGCUGUAGUAGUGCCGCCCCUGGUAGAGAGACUAAAAACUUCAUUGACGUCUUUGACUGAGCCACACAGGGUAACCGCUGCCAUGUCUGCGGUAGCUGCAGUGGCGAGGCCGUUGCUUCGAGGCCCCGACGCCGAUUACCCUGAAGGUCCAACCCAUGUAGUCCCACUCUUAUUAGCCGUACUGCCUGGUCUAGAUCCGAACGACAUAAAAAAGACCUUAGUCUCGUUGCAUUUCAUACUAAUCUUCAGUUGGAUGGUGCCAUUCAUAGACUGUAGCUCGGCGCACGAGUACUGGCCUGAUUUGACAGAAGAAGAACUCCUAACCUGCGAGUCAACAGCACAGUUCGAAGACUUCGUGCUGGUGUUCUUCGACAGACUCUUCAACAUUAUUGAGUCCAGUGUGCUGGAACAUGUGCGUUUAGAUACGAAGGAAUCUGAUGGAAUUAGGAGCAAGACUGAUGCAGUCAUGGAGACUGCAUUGUCGUCCGCAGCUACUGCGGUAUUAAUGCAGAGCUCUCCUAAAAUAUUUAAAGAAGCCUUGAGGAAGUUUAAGGCGUUUGCCACACAGACGACGUUUGAGACGAACGUGUCUGGGAGCAUGGUUGGUGUGUUGCUACGCGUAUUCGCACGUGUGAACCCAGAAGCCACGCUGGCGGCUUUCCUGCCGACCCUGUGCGAAGAAUUGAAAGAGCUUCUGGCGAGUGAUGAGGCCUUACACGAAGAGAAUCCUCCACGCGACCUCAUGUACCGCUUAGUCCUUCUAAUGCAUGUCGUGGAAUGUGAUGGUGUUGUCCUCUUAAAAUACGUUCCUAAUGUAAUAGAGAUAUUGGACAGGGCUUUGAAAUUACAUGCUAAUUACGCCUUGAAUCGCGCUUGCGAGAUUUUAAGCCAUAUGCUGACGUCAUUAAGCUCUAUCGACCUUAAGGAGUGGAGGAGCUCGCCUAAAGAUUACUCUGCAGCACCAGAGAAAUGGUUACCUAUUCGAGAGUGGGGCUAUGGUUGUUUGCUAAAAGAAGUGGACUUCAAGUGGCAUGUGCCCUCCAAGGCAGAGGCAGACUGUGCUCAGAUGUUGCUCGAUAGGUAUCUAAAGCCGGAGUUGCUUAGGAUUCGCCAGUGGUUGUCUGGUGAAAGGAAUAUGUAGGAGAGGAGGCUCAGAUGCUUUUAUAUAAUUAGUGCAGCGUUGUCUUGCGGGACGUUUUUGCCACAACCUGAAGAGGAUAGUGUUAUGCUUAUACAAUCCCAAGUGCCAGCAACAUCUCUGCCAUAUACCAAUGGGGUAAAGUUCAAAGUGACGUUGGAUGGCAUGAACUUGCGCAAGUCCCUUAUAGACCUCUUGGUGGAAGUGCAGGCGCGAAUGCUCGCUGACAAAAGUGACGAUACUAGAGGACUCGAAAUGCUUAUACAGGUGUGGGACCGUGUAGUGAUGCCGAAGGGGUCCCGUGGUGGGCCGGGGCUGGAGGCGCGCCUGCGCUCAUACGGCGCUCUGGAGCGUGCGCUGGAAGGACGCGGCGGGCCCGGCGCGGGCGCAGGCGGCGGCGGGGGCGCGGCCACGGACGGCGCGGGCUCUGCGCGCCUGCGCAUGCUGUCGGCGGACGCGGCGCGCCUGCAGGACGACGCGCGGCUGGACCUGGUGUGCGAGGCGGGCAUCACGCCCUCCGCGCUUAAAGCGUUGAACGCGCUCGCCGAACUCGCCGUCAACACUUACAGCUCGGUGCGCAUCCUUUCCCAAAUCCGCCUAUACUGGAUGCUGAGCCACUACCCGUACUCGUACCGCGCGCUGGUGCCGACGCUGUCGUCGCUGCUGCUGGCGGGCGGCGAGGGCGAGGAGUGGCACGCGCGGCACAAGGGCGCGCUGUUCAUCAUCCUGGGCCCGAGGACCGGCCCGCUCGUCGCCAAGCAGGACUGGGACGUGGUGCGCACGCUGUGGCCCGCUAUACUCAAGGCGCCGCUUAGUGAAAAGCCUAGCAUUGUGAAACUAGAGCAAGCCUUCAACGAAACACUGCACCGUCACUUCCCAACGAUCAACACUCGGCUGGUAAUGACGAACUCAGUGGUAGAUGCAGCGCGUCGUUUGAUCAGCGAGGAUCAACUGAACGAGCCACAGUUCGCAGAGCAGUUCAAACACGCCGUCGAGAACGAAGUGCGUUCGUCGGAUAACACUGAGAGACUGUAUAAGGAGUUGGUUGAGGAGCUUGUCGAUAUUAUGGAGACGCCUAAUGCUCAGUGGCGGCGCGUGGAGGCGGCGAUGCAGAUGCUGACGUUCUGUCCGUCGCUGCAAACGCCGUUUAGCGCGCGCGCGGCGGGCGCGGUGUCGCGCGCGCUGCUGCACGAGGCGGCCGCCGUGCGCCGCGCCGCGCUGCGCCUCACGCAGUACGCGCUCAAGCAGCGCAAGCGCCCGCUCGUCAAGACCACCGUCGACCCCUACCAGGUCGCCGGGGUGCCGAAACCGGAUAAGAGGAUACCAGGCUACAGGAAGGAUCUCGAAUGGGCAAUAUGGUCAGAAGACAGAGAACCAAAGACUGACGAAGAAUGGGAUCAACCAUGGCUGAGAAGUAAUAUGUACGGAUUCUACUGUUGGCCCGAAAAACUUGUUGUCGCAGCUCCUAUCAGCGAACAAGCGUGCGCAAAGUUCGUACCGCCAGAGGAGAUGGAGGAGGGCGAGCGUAAUCUCUUUGAGUUCUUCAACGACGAUGCCAACAUCGAUAAGUUCGUCGCGUUCCUCACCGUUGAGGAGAAGAAGGGCAAGGACAAGUUCAGUGGCGUGCGCUUCUCUGUGUUUAGGAUGAUAUUCGCCCAAUUCGGUCCAUCCGUGGCGCGCAAGUUCAUCUCGCACGCGCUGCGCUGCGCGGCGGACACGCAGGAGCCGCAGCAGCGGUUCGCUGCGGAGGUGGCUGCCGCCGUGCUGCGGACUCCAAGGUACUGGCGGAGGCAGGACGCCAUGUACAUGUAUGACGCGGCUAUGGAGAUUAUUACCACCGGUCUAGCGUCAGUAACACCAGAGACGAUGGAAGACUGGGGCACGUGCCUAGCGACGGGCGUGGAGAAGAUGGACCCGUGCCGCGGCGCCGGCGUGCUGCGGCGGCUCAUGGAGCUGUGCGUGCCGCCGCCCGUGCAGGGCGACGCAGACGACCAGCACACGUCGUUCGUCGUGUGCGCCAAGCUACACGUGCUGCAGGGCACAUUAGGAACGUUGAAAUGGCGCGUCGCUCCGUUGGCGUCAAAAUUGCUGGAGCGUUUGGAUGCAGCAAAUUUCUUGCAACAUCCUUAUCAGAAUGUUCGCGAGACUGUUGGCAGUUUCCUGAUGACGAUAUUUGACACGGAGCUGGUGUUCCCGGGAGGUGAUAGGAGCAAAGCCCCGUGCCUCGCCGAGUUUAUCGAGAGUUUGCAGCCGCGUUUUGCGCCGCUAUAUGACGAGAAUGGAGACAUAGUGAUAAAGACAGCAGUGUCGGGAUCUUCGCCGGCAGCAGCAGUGGAGGCGGGCGGCGUGCGGACGGCGGAGGGGGCGCUAUGCCUCACUUCCUGCGCCGCGCCAGCGCCCGCGCCGCUACAGCCCUGCGCCGCGCACCCUGCGCACGCGCCACACGCGCCGCACGUCUCGCACUCGCCACCCGCCGACGACACCGCGCAGGCCACGGAUGGAGGUGACACUCUUGAGCCAGCCGGCGGGACGCGCGGUGACCGCGUCGACAAACAGUUGGUAGAACGGCUGGACUCCGCGUUGCGUUUGGCUGGUGACGUCUCGCCAGCACCGCAAGACCACGCUCGCGCUCUUAAUCUGCUCACUACUGUGCUGCGCGGGUGCACGGGCGCGGUGGUGCGCGGGUCGGGCGGCGCGGGCGGCGCGGCGUCGUGCGCGGCGCUGGCGCUGGUGCGGGCGGCGUGCGCGGCGGCGCGCGGCGCGCACCACCCGCAGGAGGAGCUGCCGCGCGCCGCCGCCACGCUGCUGGCCACGCUCGCGCUCGCACACCACACCGCCGCCGCCUUCGACACGGCGCUGCAUCUGCUCGACCAACUCGCGCAGAAGCGAUCGUGGUGGGCACGUCUCACAUGCUUGGACUUCGCGCAGCCGCUGUUGUUCUACGGGCUGCCGUGGUUGUGUGAACAGCCAGAGAGAGCCGUGCGAUGCGAAAACUUCACAUUAAACUUGAUGCGCGAUCCCAGGGUUGAGGUUCGUCAAUCAGCAGCAAAGCUGCUAACGGGUCUGAUGCACUGCCGCGCGCUGCCCGACGAGGAGCGCACGCUGCGAGUGCUGCGGCGUAGCUGUCGCAGCGCCGAGCUGGUGGAGCGGCACCGCGGCGUGCUGGGGCUGUGCGCCUACCUCGCCAGCCGCCCCUACAGCAUCGGCGCGCGCCUCGGCGACGUGCUGGCCGAGCUGGCGCGCCACACGAGUGCGCCCGACCCCAUCCCCACCACCAUCCGCCUCGCGCUCGCCGACUUCCGCCGCACGCACCAGGACGACUGGCCCAAGCACCGCGACCAGCUCACCGAGGAGGAGCUCGACCUGCUGGCCGACCUCGCUUCGCCGCCCUCCUACUGCGCUUGAACGAUGAACAUCCUCCGGGCCGACCGCGACACGACAGCGCCGCAUGCGAUUGUAUGCGACGGUGUUGGUUACCGAUUGAAUUAUUGUUUACCGUUAUGGUUAUCUUUCUGUUUAGAGCGAUUACGUCUCGGAGCGGGCGGACAUUAGUGAAACUUAGCUCAAUAGUUCGUAAGUGCUAGGCGAUGGGUGUUUCGUAUUCACGCGUUACCUGACUACACCAAAUAUUACGGUGUAUUUUUUAAACGUUAAUGCGUCUAUUGUUGUGCUUUAUGUGAAUAUUUGUCGGGUUAAGUUGUAUAAUUUUGGUUGUGAAUAUGUUGGGUUUGCUCUCGGUGAUAUCAUUUUUGGUAAUGGAAUUACUUGGCAUUCAUUUUGUGUAUGGGUUCAGUUAAUACUUCAGUAUGAUAACCGAUAAUGUUGAUACUAUAUCUCAACAUACCUAACCAGUUAACAUAUAUUCCGAAUAAGCAUCAGUGACAGGACAGUCUGCCGUCACCAUAUCAUUACUAACAAUAUAAUAAUCGUUAUAAAUUAGGGGAAACCAUAGGUUAACAUGUUCUGACUAUGUAAUACACUUAUAAUCCUACACUAGUUCCUCAAUCAAGAACUAGUUAUUAAUAUCCUGUAGCAUAAAAUAUAAGGCCAUUUUAACCUCUUAAAUAUAAUUACGGUAUCCUCGGCCGUCUAUUUUUAUAUGUUUUUAUUUUCAUCUAAAAUCAUGCGUCAGAGGCAUUAAUAAAUGUAGUUUUUAAACUAAAUUGACAUCAUUUUUGUAAAAUUCGAUUUAUAUAUAAUUUUUAGAUUCCAUGACUAUUUUGUUUGCGUUAUAUACAAUUUAUAUUUGGUUUAAUAUUUAUGGGUGCGGGUCGCAAUUUAUGUGGCCAGGUUAUUGAUAUAUCCGAAACGAUCUGUCUUAUUAUAAUACGUAUAUAAUAGGUAAUUCCAUAAGGAUUUAUAAUAACCAUAAAUUUAAAGUCUAGGUCAACUGGUCAUUAAUUUAUGCCAUACUUUUAAAAGUAAUACCUUUUAUAUGCAUAGAAUAACGGUGUAUUUUUUCUUUAUGAUGCCAGUAUUGAUGGGUGUGUGUAAAUAAUUGUAUAAAUAUAUUGCUAUUGUUUUUUAAUCAUUUGAUUAAAAAGCAUUAAUAAA